CUGUUGACAUCUUGACAUAACUUUUUUCGAGUGGUUAUUGAAACCGGAGUGAAUACAGUUUUACUGCUUAAUAAUUUAGCAUUAAAUACAUGCUAUUUUUUUUUUAAUUUGACUCCAUUAUGUUGGAAAAAGCAGCAACUUCUGAAAAGCAGUUAUCAAAGGAAGAUUAUUUAAUUCUUAGGGCUAAGGAAGCCCUGGCAACUGAUAUUUAUGCUGCUAAAUCAUGGUUAAUUACUGCCAAAUCUUUAUUUCCGCAUAGUGCUAAAGUACAAUUUGAAGCAUACCGAGUAGAAAAACUCGCCAAAAAUGUUAAGGAAGCUGCAAAAUGUUUUAGUGAAAUCUUUCAAAAUUUUCCUGACGAUCGCGAUAUCUGGAAGGAAAUCGAAACGGUGACAGCAUGCCUGCGUUCGGAACAAAACGACCCAGAAUCCGAAUUAUUGUGCCAAAUGUUUCAGCAUAUUCCUCAGGAUUUGCAACAUCGUCUCCUAAUUAUGACGGCGGAUCACAGUGAAGAUACAAUGGAACACUGCAAACUUCUUCUCUUACUUUUGAGAAGAUUUCCCCAAACAAUCGCUUCGCAUGGUCCUCGUCUGGUCGAAACUUUACUGACCGCGGAGAAACACAGUCAUCCUGGACGAGCCGUGAACGGCUACCGUCGUCUGCUGGCCUGUGACGCUUUGCCACUGCUCGGUGCAGCUCCCGUCGAACUAAAUCCGCGCCUCAGUCUUCGUCUGCUCUACAAAGCCGUCGAAUUUUAUUUGGCCUACAUACAGCAGCCGCAGGACGCGCAAAUCCUGCAGCCCUGGGAACGACUCUUCCAGGUCGUCGAAUUGAUCGGCAAAAAGUUGGGAUGGGAGUUGAGUGCCUUUUUCUCGACCGGCUGGAAUCGCGAACUCUAUUCGGAGAAGUUGCAUCAGUAUGCGCUCACUCACAGCGCAGGCAUGUGUGACGAGCUUGUUGUCAGACAAUUACUCGUUUGUACGAUCGUCGUUCUUUUGAGGAUAUGGAACGAACAUUCGGCACUGAUCAGUGGAGGCGAAACUGUUUAUUGUCUCAUCGAGGCCUUUGGCGAACCGAAUCUAUCUGCAUCUGAGCCAAAAUUGAAAAAAAGAAAACGAGACGAGACGAUGAGCAUAGCGAUUACGAGUGACGGAGAAUAUAACGGAAGUGGACUCGCUUUGGGCGUGAGAUUAUGGGAUUUGUUGCAUGGAAGUGAAUAUUUAAAAAGGGAAACUUUGAAACUCAGCACACAAUUUCGACUCGAUCCCUGGCUGAAUUUAUUCUUAACAGAUUUAGCAAUUUAUAAAGGCCUGCACCACGAAUCUCUGGCCCGACUAGCUCAAGAACCAAACAAUUUGUGUUCUCAUCUUCGAUUUGCGAGCAGUUGUUUUUUCCUCAAAGAUUACAAGGGUAUGCUAGAAUAUAUUUCAAUGGUCUCGAGCGUUUUGCCACAAGUUCGUGGAAAAGUUUCGAGCAAUUUAUCGGUACCGGCAAUUCGACAUUUGCAUUAUCUGACGACCGCUCGAUUUCCGGUUUUGCAGUAUUGCUGCCGAUUACUUCUUACCGCCUUAAAGGAGAAUUUUGCAAUUCCGGGAGGGGUUGGAGAUUUAUCGAUAGGGCAUGCUUUAGUGCUGAUGCAAAUUGAUUGGCCGCAAGAAUCAGCAUUGCUUUCCGUAAUUACGGAAAUAAUCAAAAGUCGCGGAACCUUCAGUUAUCCCCUUUUCCAAGCCUACAUCAUUAACGUGGACAUUCUCGAAGAACUGACUUAUCUCUGGACUGAACACGGAGGCGGUGUUUCUCUUGAUAUUGGAAACAACUCAGGCAUGUUGCAAAAUCGCAGAAUUGCAACCCGAGGCGCAGACAAAGGAGUUCGGGAAGAGGUGAGACAAACGAUGAGGCGACAAGCAGCAAGAGAUGGUGUCGAAUUGCUGGACGAACUUUUGCAGAGAUUCAUACUUCACGAGAAAACAGCUAUUUUGCAUAGCCUCAUUCAGUGAAUUUCUCGAAAAGAUAGACUGAUUUCAACUUAAAAAUUUAAAAAAAAUCAUUUAUUUAUUGUUAAACUUGAACACUCCCAUAAUUAUUUAGACGAGAGCGUCAAAAAUAUUUGUAUAUACGUGUGUAAUCAAAAGUUUAUUAUACAAAUGUCCGAUAUUAAUAAUACACACGAGAGGACAAUAUUAACGUCACUAAUAAUUUGAUAUUUUCUUUCUUUUUCUUUUUUUUAAUAUAAAAUUACUUCGAAGUCCAUUUAAAAUAAUUUUUUUCAAACAAAAGUUAGUUAAUUUGGACAAUUAUUAACUUUUUUCUUCAUUAUUUUGCUGGAAAUUUUGUUAACAAUUUUUAAACAAAUACUAAAAAAUAAAAAAAUAAUUUUUUUCGCUCUAUUUUAAGUUCUCCAUUUUUCGGAUGUGAAACAAGUUGGAAUAUAAUGUUUUGGGGCAAUAAACAAAGUCGAUGUAGGACUUAUAAUUAUUUAGAAGUUAUAUUUUUAGAUGCUAGUUUGCUCCAUGAAAAUGCACCUUAACAGUUUUUAAAUAUAGGGUAAUAUAAAUAAAAUGUCCAAAUGUUUAUUGAAUAUAAAAAUGAAAA